AUGGGAUCAACUAAGAAGCCUGUCAUUUACUUUUGCUGCAGUUUUCUAAUUAGGAGCUUAUUGAUCGUGGCAUCAGUGAUUUGUGUUGUGUCCAUGUUAACUACCCGGCGAACAGAAGAUUGGGAGGACGAUACCUCUUACUACGGAACCUUUUUAUCCAAUUUUACUGCAUCACCAUCUUUCAUAUACUUUGUGGUGGUAUUCUCUGUGGCAGGCCUUUGUAACAUCAUUAUUAAGUUAUCAUCUUGUUUAGUCAUCUGCUUAGCUCCAGCUUCCCCAACAAUGUUGCUCCUCUUUGCGUUUUUUGAUGUGUUGACACUGGGGCUCGUAUCCUCGGCCACUGGCAGCAUUGGCUUUGUUGUAUAUACCUUACAAAUGGGAAACGAUAACUUCAGCUGGUCGGAGUUCUGCAACGUUUACAACUCCUUCUGCAACCAUCUAGGAUUCUCUGUCGGCGUCUCCAUAUUUGCCACCAUUUUGCUCAUAUUUCUUCUCUGGACCUCCCUCUUUUCUUUUUACAAAAGAAUCUCAAAGCAGAGCCCACCACCACAAUUAACACAGGGAGAGGCAUAG